UCAUGUACAGAUUUGCACACACUCCCACACGAAGCUGUACGGUGAUCAGAGCGGCACCUCGAGUUCAUUACUAGAGGCGUAGUGGCAGAUUAUGGUAUAUAACAGCAUGAAAAAAAUUGAAGGGUUAAUUGUAGCAACACUUACACCAUUUGAUGAUAGUGGGGAGCUGAAUUUAAGUGUGAUAGAAAAAUAUGCACAGCAUCUGCAAAAUGAGAACACCAAAGGUUUAUUUGUAUCUGGUACAACUGGAGAAAGCACUUUAUUGACAGUGGAGGAGAGGAAGAAACUUGCUGAGAAGUGGAUUGAAGUUGGAAAAGACAGGUUUGAAAAUAUAAUAAUACAUGUUGGAACCUCAAACUUAAAAGACUCACAAGAGCUGGCGAGACAUUCUGAAAACAAAGGAGCAACAGCAAUCGCUCUGAUGGCCACGAGUUUCUUUACUCCCCAGUCUGUUGAUGAUCUUGUAGAGUAUGUUCGUCUUGUAGCAGAGUGUGCACCAAAUACUCCUUUAUUUUACUAUCAUAUACCAGCUUGGACUAACAUCCCAUUUCUGAUGGAAGAUUUUUUAAAAGCUGCCAUUCCCAAGAUUCCAACUUUAACAGGAGUGAAGUUCACAAGUGGUAAUAUGUUUGACCUGGGCCGCUGUCUUAUUAUCGAAGAUCAAAGAUUUUCGAUUCUGUUUGGCGGUGAUGAGAUUCUCCUAAGUGCCUUAGCCAUGGGAGCUUGUGCUACCGUUGGAGGAACUUAUAACUUUGCUGGCAAGCUCCACGGUCGGAUCAUGGAUGCUUUUGACAAAAGCGAUAUGGAAACAGCCAGAUCGGAGCAAUAUCGGUCUCAAGCAAUGAUAAAGUUAUACUGUAAGUACGGAGGCCACGCUGCCGUCGGUAAAGCCAUCAUGAGAUUCCUCGGCUUGGACCUAGGGCCCGCUCGUUCACCCCUCUCUUUGAGUGAGAGCCAAGAAGCGCAAUUACGUGAAGAACUGGAUAGUAUCGGAUUCUUCGCAUGGCGUUAGAUGAAAGAAAAAGCCCUCCAAUUAGUCAUCUUUAUUGCUAUUUUAAUUAGCAUUAUCAUUUUUACCAAUACCAGUCUUACUAACCGAGUUUGAGGUCCGUACUCACGGCUGUAACUCAACGCACCAAAUUAUUUCUGGUCGAAAAAUAAACGGGUUUCGUAACUUACAGUACGAAUCGAGAAGUAACAUUUGCUUUGGUACCUCUGGGUUGAAACAGAAGGGGAUGGCGGAAUAAAAUGGGCCGAGCAGUGAAAUACAGCCCACUAAUUUGACCAGUAACUGAGAGAAAUAAUAAUUUAAGAUACUUCAAUUCACGUUAAUUGCCUUUGAUUUUGCUAUAAUUAUGAACAAAACGAAGGUAGAGCAUAAGACAGCAACUGGGAUAUUCUAUAAAUUUUAUUUCAAAAUAUGUGAACUUCUUCAGAACCUGCGUUUGUAAUUAUACCUCAGUUUUUUUUAAUACGACCUACUAUUAAAAAGAGGCUCAAUCCUCUCUCACUGCUCCCGCAGAUUUUGUUCUUACUCAUUUAGGAACAUUAUCUUGUAAUUUCACGAGAUGAAGUUCUCACACCAUGAACACUAUUUUACUUUUUGCAUUAUAAAAUAUUUUCGUUUUACCUUUCCUACAGUGGAAAGCAAAACGCGUAUCAAGAAGAAUCAAUAACAAAACUAAUUUUCGUAAACGACACUAUUUAAUAAUUAUUUUUUUACCGCCACGAAACCACUACCAAAACACAAUUACUUUCACAAGCCAUUGAAAAUAUGUCCUAUUUCAGGAAUUUUAGCCCUUUCACUCUCGAUACGACAUUAGUAAUUCUACUUAAUGUCUGCUACACAAUUUUUAAGAUGGUAGUUCGGAGAAUCCGGUAUUGGAUCUACUAAUGAUCCCCUAAUUGAGGUCAUGAUUUUUCUUUAUUCUCCUCACUUGUCUGCUUGAUUUGGUAUUUAGACUGUAAGGAGAAAUUCGGUCUUGGUCAC